AUGAAGCUGCAGGAAACACCACCAGAAUUAUGUGCAGUGUGUCUAUCGGAGUUUGCUGUGGACGAAAACGUAAGAGACUUGAAGUGCAAGCAUGUGUUCCACAAGUUGGACAAGUGGUUGCUGCAAUGCAGGUCUACUUGCCCACUUCGCAGGACUAAGUUGUUGCCGGAUGAAGUGGUCGCUGGUUAUCGCCUGUUGAAAGACGAUCAGAUGGGGUAUGAUCGGAACAAUGAGGAGAUUGUUUUCUUGGUAUCACAUGGCAAUGAUCGUGAAUAUUUGGCGAGGGUUUUCCAUUACUAUGCUUACUGGUUCUGUGUGGAUGGCUUGCCUUGUGGGCUUGUUCUGUUUUAG